UUCACUAGAGGAACUCUUUACAGAGCAGGACCCUAGAUCUAUGAACAUAGACUGUGCUACAACUAAAUUGUUCUCCUCUUCGCUGGUACAAAGGCCAUCAUGUCUGGUAAGAACGCCGUAAUAAUUAGCUAUCAGUGACCAGGUUCAUCAUGACCUCAGUAGAAGUAGGUUAGUGAGCCUAUUACUUCAAAACUAACCAGAACUCAAAGCAGGUUGCUAGCUUACGGCUGUAAGCUUCCAGGGUAAGAUUCCAUAAGAACGUAUAUCAACAUUGUAGAUGAGACUGAGUGAUGAAUGUCCAGAAAACGAGGUCUAGUCUCACUCAUUUGGUUCUAUACAUUUUUAAACCAGAUACGACCGGAUAUCUGUUUGACAGAAUUCAUUUUAUUCUUUCUACUGUACAUGAAAACAGUAUUAGUGACUUAUCUUGGUGUGUGUGUGUGUGUGUGUGUGUGUGUGUGUGUGUGUGUGUGUGUGUGUGUGUGUGUGUGUGUGUGUGUGUGUGUGUGUGUGUGUGUGUGUGUGUGUGUGUGUGUGUGUGUGUGUGUGUGUGUGUGUGUGUGUAAGAGUAAGAGAGUGUCUGUUAUGGCUUAGCUAAGGGUGAAGAUAUCUUCUUUCAGUCAUCAGUUUAAGGCAGAGAAGUUUCCAGGAAAUGUUUGUUAUCAGAGGGAUGCACACACACACACACACACACACACACACACACACACACACACACACACCAACAGAGACACACACACACACCAACAGACACACACGCACACACACACACACACCAACAGAAACACACACACGCACACACACACACACACACUAACAGACACACAAACACACACCAACAGACACACGCGCACACACACACAGGUUUUAGAGUGUCCUUUACAGCAGCUCAGAGUCUUGUCUUUAUCUCAUAAAGUCUGACUGAAUCCAGCUGAUCAACUUCUUAAGUGCUGAAUCAUGAUGGGAUGGACAGUUUCCAUAGUAACCACCCCUCCGGGUUAGAUAAUCUGUCGGACUCUCAGUGACCCCCUUAUCUCCGCUGUAACUGAUCUGGGUCUGCUGUCAUGAGCUACAGAUAGGCUAACCCUAUCUAUAAUCUAAAAUCGAUAACUAUAUUCUAUCAUCUAUAAUACGCUCUACUCUGUAAUACGCUCUACUCUAUCUUCUGUACGCUCUACUUCUAUGCGCUCUACUUCUAUGCGCUCUGUGCUCUAUGCGCUCUACUUCUCUGCGCUCUACUUCUCUGUGCUCUAUGUGCUCUACUUCUAUGCGCUCUACUUUUCUGCGCUCUGUGUUCUAUGCGCUCUACUUCUAUGCGCUCUACUUCUCUGUGCUCCAUGCGCUCUACUUCUAUGCGCUCUACUUCUCUGCGCUCUAUGCUCUGCGCUCUGUGCUCUACUCUACACUCCAUCCUGGUUUCAGAGUGUGAGCCGUGGUGAGGAGAGGUCCUCCAUGGACAGCAGUCCCAGGAAGUGGGUGCUGCAGCCUCUGACUCCCCGCCUGGACCCCUCUGACCUCCGCACCCUGCUGGGUCCCCCGGUCCCCCCGCUGGGCCCCCCUGGCCCCCAGGGGUCAGGGGGGGCUCUGGUACCGGCCCGACUUGUGACGUUGUCACAAUGUGAAGACCCCGAUGGAGAUGUCCCUCUCACCAGCUGUCCCAGCGGUCCCAGCAGUCCCAGUAGUCCCAGUGGUCCCAGUAUUCCCAGUAGUCCCAGUGGUCCCAGUAGUCCAAGUAGUCCCGGUCCCAGCAGUCCCAGUAGUCCCAGUAGUCCCAACAGCAGCGCCGGCUCCCCCUGCGGUUUCUACAGUUUUGUCGACUCUGGGAGUCUGGAGGCGGAGCUGAACGAGGCGUGGAUGCUCUCUCCACGGAGACGGCUGCAGCUGAACACCCUGAGGGAGGGGGAGGGCUUCAGGCUGCAGACCUACCAGAGCCACCGGAGGCCGGGACGCCUGUUCCAGGAGGAGGAGGAGCGGUACCGCACCGAGCAGCACGGACCUGCAGCUCAGGAAGAAGAGCAACAAGAACUGCGUCGUGAGAUCAUCCGCACCCAAGCCCCGAAGAGCAGCCUGACACCGGGGGCCCGGGGCCACUCUGGGAGAGGGGGGGCCCGGGGCCACUCUGGGAGAGGGGGGGCCCGGGGCCACUCUGGGAGAGGGGGGGAACCGACCCGCCCCCCAGCCGAGCGGCCGGGAGGUUCUAGUCUCCGCGUUGAGUCCCGCACCUCGAGCCCAGAAGGAGGUACCACAGACACGUCUGGGAGCGUCGACAGCGGGCAGAUCGACUUCAGCGCCGCCAGACAGCAGUUCCAGAAGCUGGAGCGUGACCGGCUGAAUGUGCCGAGGUCUCCUCAGAACGCAGCUCUGCCUCCAGACCAGCCUCCCUCCAAGCCUCCGUCGAGGCCCCUGCACCAGGAAAGUACGGCAGCAUCCUUGCAUAAGCAGGAUGUACCAGACCACGUCCCUACCCAGAGAGACCGUUCCUCCACCCUGGGGCUGGCCCGGCCACCCGCCUCUGACCGCAUCAGCGAUGGCCGCCACUCCCCUGUCAGCCCCGAGGACAGAACAGGGCCGGGGGGGCUCUCUCCGGAGACGCCGAUCGAGAGAGAGAUGCGUGAGGCUCAGGAGCGAGAGGAGACGCUGCGGCGUGCGCGGGGACUGAAGCCCAGCAGGGCGGAGAUGGUUGAGAUCAAGUCCAAGUCUUUAUUUUCCCAGCUCAGCCCUUCUGGGCUGAAAGGUAAGGAGAGGAACCAAGUCCGCUUCCUGACCCAGCGAGAGAUCCAGCAGGGAAGGAGUUCACUGCAAGAUAACCCCUACCCUAACUCUGACCUCGACCCUAGCCCCUACCCUUACCUCAACCCUAACCCUGACCUCGACCCUAACCCCCACCCUAACCCCUACCCUAAGCCUAACCUCGACCCCAGCCCCUACCCUAACCUCGACCCUAACCCUAGCCUCGACCCUAACCCCUACCCUAACCCUAAACCCUCCCCUUACCCUAACCUCGACCCUAACCCCGACCCUAAGCCUAACCUCGACCCUAACCCCUACCCUAAGCCUAACCUCGACCCUAACCCCUACCCUAAGCCUAACCUCGACCCUAACCCCUACCCUAAGCCUAACCUCGACCCCAGCCCCUACCCUAAGCCUAACCUCGACCCUAACCCCUACCCUAAGCCUAACCUCGACCCUAACCCCUACCCUAAGCCUAACCUCGACCCUAACCCCUACCCUAAGCCUAACCUCGACCCCAGCCCCUACCCUAACCCUAACCUCGACCCUAACCCCUACCCUAACCUCGACCCUAACCCUAACCUCGACCCUAACCCCUACCCUAACCCUAAACCCUCCCCUUACCUCGACCCUAACCCCUACCCUAACCCUAACCCCUACCUUAACCCUAACCUCGACCCUAACCCCUACCCUAACCCCUCCCCUAACCCUAACCUCGACCCUUAUCCCCAGGAAGGUCAGCAGGCUCCCUCCCAGCUGGAGGCCAGCCUGAGAGGGUCUGAGAGAGGGAGGCCUUUAGAGGAAAGCAGCAGAGACAGAGGAGGAGAGAGGGAGUUGGCCCCAGGGUCACCCUCCUCCUGCUGUCCUCAGAGACACACUGAAGACCCCCAGCUGGGCCCCUGGAGCGCUGCCGACCACCACACCUCCUGGGCCCACCGUCAGGUCCUGUCCCCCGCCCGCCUUGACCCUCUGGCUCCGGUGACGGAGGCUGACGGAGGCACCAGGAGCAGCGUCACAGCAGGGGCAGCUGGGCGAGCAGGUCCUCGUGGCUGGAGGGAGGGGCUGGGCGUGGGGGGGGCUGGUGUCCCGGGUCGCGUCAAGAGGGACAUCGAGGAGGACCUGAGGCGGGAGGAGGAGCUCCGGCAGCAGAGGGGAACCGGACCCUCACCCCCCCUGGAACCAGGACCCUCAGCCCCCCUGGAAUCUGGACCCACCGCCAAACGCUCAACACCAGAUCAACCCUCCUUCUGCUUCUCCACCCUCCUCCUCCCCUCUCCCUGGAGGCCCACCCUGCACCCCACCACCCCCACCCUGCACCCCACCACCCCCACCCUACACCCCACCCUACACCCCACCCCCCACCCCACCACCCUGCACCCCACCCUACACCCCACCACCCUGCACCCCAGCACCACCCUACACCCCACCACCCUACACCCCACCACCCUGCACCCCACCCUACACCCCACCCCCACCCCACACCCCGGCCCCACCCUACACCCCAGCACCACCACCCGAGCCUCCAACGGCCCCCCGCUCCAGAGUCACGUUAAAACCAGACUGCAGGAGAGCUCGUAUGCAGGGAUCCGUCCCAUUGAUCACAUCAACAACCAGGUGGUGAAGGCCACUCGCGUCUUCAGGCACCAGAACCUCAAGGCCCUGCAAUGGGAAGCCGGCCAGUUCUACUCCCUGCCGGACCAGCAAGCUCCCACUGCCUCUGACCAGACCAGUCCCACUGCUGAUGUAGCCCAGCUCAGACCAGCAAGCUCCCACUGCCCCUAACCAGACCAGUGACUUUAGCAUAAAGACCAAAGCACCAAGGACAGCGGUGUCCUUAAAGCGUCACGCCACAGGGACUGUAGCGGAGCCUUUCCAAAGCGGUCGGAUACAACCACAAUUUAGAUUUUGCUCAGAGGAUAUACAGGCCUUCAUCGUCUCUGUCCAGGGAUAAACAGUCCCUGAAGCGAGGCUAUACAGGCCUUUAUCGUCUCUCUCCAGGGAUAAACAGUCCCUAAUGCGAGGCUAUACAGGCCUUUGAUGAGCCCGUAGGUCACCACGUCUGACUCCUGGCCUGAGUUCGGUGAGCAGCACGUCUGAGAGCCACCUGCAGCCUGAGCCCCACACAGCCAUGUGGACACGCAGACAAACAUCAGAGCCAGCUAUUGCCCCAUCAACUCUUUGAUGGGACAAGCUGCCUCUAACCAGGUGGACCAGUAAGACCAUCGAUAUUUAGAGAUAACCAAUCAGCCAUUGUUGAAGAUAUGUAUUUAUUCUGAAUAUUACAUCAUGUAUCCAAAUUCAUAUCAAAAAUCAUAAGACAACAAACUUCAUUAAAUGUAUUCAUUUAUUUUGAAAGGAAAUUUAAUUUAAAUUAGUGUUUCAAUACAGAAUGAUAUCUGAAAGUUUUACUUUAAAAACGUACGAGUCCUGUUAACCACCUCUAAUACCACUCUGCUCAAAUAAAGCAAUACUAAAUUAAA